CUGCAUGCCAGCUCAAAAAUGGCGUCCUGUUUUGAGGUUGGUGUUUUGACGAAUGAUAUCCUUCAAUAAUGAAAAGGUAUCUGCGUCGGUCAAUGAUGAACAGACCGAACGUGCUGCAUCUCAGAAAAGAGAGGAGAGACUGCGAAAAUUCCGGGAACUGCAUUUCAAAAGGAAUGAAGCACGCAAUCUCAAUCACAAGGAGGUUGUGGAGGAGGACAAAAGACUGAAGCUACCAACUAACUGGGAGGCAAAGAAAGCCCGUCUGGAGUGGGAGCUAAUGACUGAUGAAAAGAAAAAGGAGUGUGCGGCCAAAGGGGAGGACUAUGACCGGGUGAAACUGCUAGAGAUCAGUGCUGAGGAUGCUGAGCGGUGGGAGAGAAAGAAGAAGAAGAAGAACCCUGACCCAGGAUUCUCAGGUUACGCGGAGGCCCAGCUGCGACAGUACCAGCGCCUCACCAAACAGAUCAAACCAGACAUGGACGGCUAUGAGAGGCAGCGAGAGCAGUGUGGUGAGGACUUCCACCCCACAUCCAACAGCCUGAUCCAUGGGACCCACGUCCCAUCCAAGGAGGGCAUCGACCGCAUGGUGGAGGAUGUGGAGAAACAGAUUGAGAAGCGGGCCAAAUACAGCCGGCGCAGGGCCUAUAACGAUGACGCAGACAUCGACUACAUCAAUGAGAGGAACGCCAAGUUCAACAAGAAGGCAGAGCGGUUCUAUGGCAAAUACACAGCCGAGAUCAAGCAGAAUCUGGAGAGAGGCACAGCUGUCUAACUGGACUGGUCAAUCAAAUGGACGCUACCAUUUCCACUGCUUUGUUGUAACUGAAGGCCAUAAUUAGUCACUGUGGUUACAGGACCGGCCAUGUACAUAGAAACCCCAUUUCAGUUGGUCACAAUGCUUACGUAUCUGAGAUCUAAGUUUGUAUUUUGACGCUGACAUUUCUUUAGAGGCAUUUUCUAACAAAUUUUACUGUAUUGUUACUAUAACACUGUGAAUCAGGUGGAAUGGCUAACUCUUGAGUACAUCCUGAAUAAUCUUGUAAUGCUAUUUCUGCCUUUCUGCCAAUGUUUAUCGUGUGUGUAUGAACACGCAUUUUUUUUUUUUUAACUAAUGUUUUUGUAAUAUAACUGAUUUGUAGGUCUUACCCUCAGAUUGCUGCAUGCAGUAUGGGUUGGGUAGGUAGGUGGGUGGCUUAAUGUGAGAAUGAAAUGCUAUCAUUCACCUUAAGGCUACACUGUGUUUAUUAGUUAUGCCAGCAGAAGAAUCUGCUAGUGUAGGUGCACGAGGGGAUAAACAAAUUAAACAAUUUCAUCGUUAUCACUCAUCUCUGUUAAGCCGACUGCCCCCAAGCAGAAUAUGAGCUAGGAGAGGCUUGUGACCUAAAUUGAGAUCAAAGACAGUCAACAGAUUCACAUGCUAUAUUCAGUUUUUCAUUCUGUAUCAAUGCACACUAUGGGUUAUUCAAAAAUACGAUGUGGGGGUCCUAUAAACACGAAUAGAAUUUGAUCCUCAUCCUUCGUAAUUUGAAUCAGACAUCUGUGUAAUGUUUCGUUGGACUAAAUGAAUCUGUUCUGAAUAAGCCUCAUGGGAUAUGGUAAUAAGAUGGGGAAGAGGGGUUUCAAAGGUUGGCGUGCAAGAAAAUAUUUAUACGUUGUUUAUGAUUUCUUGGUAGACGAAGACGUAGUGUGGGGGGUAUACACCCUAGUCAAAAAAUCCUAUAGGAUUUUGUGUCACCUGUAUCAGAAUUCUAUUUGACUAAUUAUUUCCUAUUGGGAAUCAAAAGUAAUUCGAUUGAAUCUUAUAGAUUUUUGAUUAAUCUCCUAGGAUUUGGUCACCCCAAUCAGAAUGCUAUUAUAGCUUUUAUUCUCAAAUGAACCCAUUAAAUUAUACAUUUGUCAUUGGUUCCAGUACAAUACAAAAGCAUUAAUUACUACA